AUUCUGAAGAUUUUUCGAUUUUCCUUUGUUUGGCCUGUUUUAUUCGCAUCUGGUAGACUCCAGGGGCAAUCAUCAUGACACGCCGCAGCCAGGACAUACCCAUUCGCCCGCGCUAUGGCUACACGGAGGAGGAGAACGAGCAGGGGGAGCACAUGCAGCGCACAAACAGUGCCACACCCGCCUCCUCCUACACAGAGAUUCCGUUUCUGGCGCAAUAUCCGGGCGCAGUGCCCGAGCACGUGCUGCAGGACAUCACACCAACGGCGGGGAACACGAACGGUCUGCCCGGCCAGGGCGGCGGCGAUAGCUAUGUGAAUCUGGACUCUGGCGAGGAGGAGGACCAGCCGGAGGGCGACGACGAUGACAGCAAUUCCAAAGACAGCUCCGGCGAGCCGCUCCAGAUGCGUGGCAAGUCGGACAACACAGAUAUUCCCUAUGGCGAAUCGGGGGAAAUGCGCCACUUUGUGGCCCACAAUCUGGAGGAGAAGCUGCGCGAGGGUGCAGCCGCUGCCACGCCGCUGGACUACUCCUCGGAGCACACGACACCCUCCACAUCGAUGGGCCCCGGCGGAGGAGAGGGCAUGCUCACGCGACGCUUUCUGCAGUCACGGAAUAUCCCCGAGGUGGAUGGCAGUGUGCUCAGCGACAUUGAGCUGGAGGCGCAAUAUCUGGCCACCUCGGUGGACAAUCUGCUGGAGAAUCUGGGCAAUCUGCUGCACUCCAUCUCCUCCAUUACGGCGGACAAUGUGGAGGUGCACAAGAAUGCGGUGAACAAGCUGACGGACACGCUGGAUGCGAAUAUCAAGUGCCAGUACCAGCUGCUGGCCAAAACCGAGGAGAUUACCAAGUCCAUGAAGCCCACGGAGCGACUAGGUCAGAGAAUCAGGGAGAUCAAGCGACUGGUGGAUACGCUGGACAGCAUUAUGUAGCAGCCAAGCAAACAGAAUUCAUGGAUUUUUUGUGUGUUUUCUAGUCAUUCCAUUAUAAAGUAAAUUACAAAUUACAAAAUCUUCCUCCUGCG